CACAGCGUGAGGAGUGAGUGGCGAGUGCUGCAUGUCUCAGUCCAACGAGAACAUCGCGCCGAGCGUCGUCAUGGCGGUGGCGAAAGAGCUGAGGAAGCUUACCAACGAGCCGCUGGAGGGCAUCAAGGUGCUCCUCAACGAGGAGGACAUCACCAACAUCGUCGCUGACAUCGCAGGGCCCGUGGCGACGCCCUUCCACAGCGGCACCUUCAAGGUGAAGCUGGUGCUGCCGAGCGACUACCCCGCCUCGCCUCCAAAGGGCUACUUUCUGACCAAGAUUUACCACCCGAACAUCUCAAAGGCUGGCGAGAUAUGCGUCAACACGCUGAAGCGCGACUGGAAGCAGGACGUUGGCGUCGGGCACGUGCUGCAGGUGGUUCGCUGCCUGCUCAUCAACCCCUUCCCAGAGUCUGCACUCAACGAGGAGGCGGGCAAGCUAUUUAUGGAGGACUACGACCAGUACUUCAAAAAGGCGGCGAUGAUGACGGAGGUGCAUGCGAGGGUAGCGGGCGCGGCGGGCGCGGCGGGCACGAGCGCGACGGGCGAGGGGGGGCCGGUGGAGAAGCGGCAAAAGCCAAUCGAGACCAAGGAGGCGGAGAAGAGGAGGCAGGAGAAGAAGAAGUCCAUCAAGCGGCUAUGAGGCGCAGCGAGGGACCGAGGGUGUGCGCGCCGUCUGGCCGGGCGUGGGGUUGCGACCAGGGGCCUUUUGGGACGUGCCGUCGAGAUGAUGUGCCGUUCGAUGCAUGUGGCGACGAUGAAGCGGCCGGCGCGGCAGGAGGUAGCCUCUUGCGUCGGCGGCCGGUGUACUUUAUAGGACUAGGCAGGCGACACUGCGACGCUGCGGGGGGGAUUCAAGCAGCGGACGAGAUCUUUGCGGGUAUCCUCACGCACACCGGGGGGCGCGCGCACAGUCACACACACACGUGCCGCUUGGUUUAGGUGUGUGUCCCGCCGCGCUCAAACCGCCCCGCUCAGAGCCGCAUGUAAAGAAAGAGGACCGAGAGUCCGAGUACCGAGAUGCCGAGAAUAGAGUAACCAACGGGUAAUGAUUUUCCCAUCUGAU